CAUCUGACUUAAAAGUGUGGUGUUUUAUGGUGGUUUUAGUGAAUGUGGAAGUGCUCUAAAGGCCGAUCUUAGAUCGGUCUUGAUAUCAAAAUCCAAAUGGAUGAUCAAGAUGAAGUAAUUAACCAUAACAACAACAACAACAACGACAACCACGACAAAAAUAUAGAAGGGGAUGCAGAAGGGGGAGGAACACAACAAUCAAUUGUUAAAGGUAAAAGAACAAAAAGACAAAAGCCACAAUCUCCGAUCCCUUUUCGAAUGAUUGCGACCACCACCAACUCUUGUAAAAGCGCUCAAGAUAGUGAUAUUUGUAGCAACAACAACAUGAUCGAAGACAACAUCACUACAGCAGCCACCACCACCACCACCACCACCAUUACCAUCAACGAGGAUUCCAGAGACACAAAUAUUUUCAACAACAUCGUCACUACCAAAGAAGAGGAAGAGGUCGCAAAUUGUCUAAUCCUUUUGGCACAAAGUCAUCCAUGCCCUCCUCAACCUAUCCCAAUUUUUUCUUUAGGUUCCGGUAGAAGUUAUAACAACAACAAUAAUAAUAAUAAUAAUAAUAAUAAUAAUAAUAAUAAUAAUAAUGAUGGUACUAAAUUUAUAAGUAGGAAAUUCAUGGAGGCACCUUCGUCAACAGGAAAAUUUGGUUAUUAUGUGUAUGAAUGUAAAACUUGUGGAAAAACUUUCUCAUCUUUUCAGGCACUUGGAGGGCAUAGAGCGAGUCACAAGAAACCUAAAAACAACAAAGAUGAAGAUUACAACAACAAGAUUAGGUCUAAUCAGAUAUAUUCUUCAAGGAACACCAGUAGAUCUAAUAAUUACAACAAUAAUUUGUUGCUUUCUUCGGACGAUGAAGAUCCUUCGUUCAAAUUAGCUAAACGGGACGACAAUAGUAACAACAAUUCAACGUCACUCUCACUUCAACUUACAAAUCGAUCUUCAUAUACCAGCAAUUGUACAACCAAUCAUCAAUGCAACAACAAAAGAAGAGUUCAUGAGUGCUCAAUUUGUGGUUCGGAAUUUACAUCUGGUCAGGCUUUAGGUGGUCACAUGAGACGUCAUAGAGGCUUAGUAACCAAUACUUUGCCUAUUCCUGCAACACCAUUGGCCAUUGAACAACCAUCUAAUGGCGUAACACAAAUUCUUCAAGAUACCAUGAUUAAUACUACCAUGACUAUGGCACCACCUACAAAUAUUGAUCGUAGUAAUAGUGCUUUCUCAGUCGAUUUAGAUCUUAAUCUUCCUGCACCAUCUGAAGAUAAUGUUUGUGAUGAUCAUCAAAAAGAAUCCAAAUCUAUUCUUCAGUCUAAUGAACUUCCAAAUCAACCAUCACCAUCAACACAACAAGAAGUUGUUCUUUCCUCGUCUUCAAUUGUGGAUUGCCACUACUAA